GAGAAAAGGGCCGUAAAGAACGGAGACAGAGAGCAAGCUGGCUCCAUCAUGUCCUAUUAUGAGCACUUUGUGAUACCAGAAUCGGAUUAUGACUACAAUGACACAAGUUCCGGUUUUGGUUCUGGCUUGGGGGAUUUCGGCACUGGAUUUGAGGAGCCGUGUGACCGUGAGCUGCUGAGCCCAAGUGUGCAGCGUAUCUUCCUCCCGGUGGUGUACGGUUUCAUCUUCACCCUGGGGAUCACUGGGAACGGCCUGGUGGUGUUCGUACUGGGCUGCCAGCGGAAGGCCCGUCUAAGCCUAACGGACCUCUACCGGCUGCACCUCUCCGCUGCCGACCUACUCUUCGUUCUGGCUCUGCCCUUCUGGGCUGUAGAUGCUGCGCUCGGGGACUGGCGCGUCGGAGCGGUCAUGUGCGUGGGCGUGCAUGUCAUCUACACAGUGAACCUAUACGGCAGUGUGCUGAUCCUAGCCUUCAUCAGUCUGGACCGCUACCUUGCAGUGGUAAAAGCCACGGUAACCAGCACCACACACACCCGGCAGCUGCUGGCACGCAGGCUGGUGUACGCUGGCGCUUGGCUGCCUGCUGGUCUCCUGGCCAUCCCUGACAUGGUGUUCGCUCGGACCCAGGAGGCAGGGGAGGGGGAGAUGGUGUGCACGAGGCUCUACCCGCCGGAGAACGCCCCACUGUGGGUGUCCCUGUUCCACCUACAGACUGUGCUGGUGGGGCUGGUGGUACCGGGCCUGGUGCUGCUGGUGUGUUACUGCGUGAUUGUGUCCAGGCUGACCCGGGGGCCAUUGGGUGGCCAGAGACAGAAGAGGAGGGCGGUGCGGACCACUGUAGCUCUGGUUCUCUGUUUCUUCCUCUGCUGGCUGCCGUACUGCAUUGGCAUUGCCGUGGAUGCGCUCCUCCGCUUGGAGCUGAUCCCUCGAGGCUGUACGCUGGAGUCAGGCCUGGGGGUGUGGUUAGCGGUGUCUGAACCAAUGGCGUACGCUCACUGCUGCUUGAAUCCGCUGCUCUAUGCGUUCCUUGGAGUGGGGUUCAAGAGUUCUGCUCGCCGUGCCCUCACACUUACACGCACCUCCAGCCUGAAGAUUGUUCCACGUAGACGAACAGGCGCCCUGACAUCCACAACGACAGAGUCAGAGUCAUCUAGUCUGCACUCCAGUUAACAGAGACAAUAGGCUAUAGCCUAAUAUUAUGUGUGUGUGUGUGUGUGUGUGUGUGUGUGUGUGGUGUGUGUGUGGUGUGUGUGUGUGUGUGUGUGUGUGUGUGUGUGUGUGUGUGUGUGUGUGUGUGUGUGUGUGUGUGUGUGUGUGUGUGUGUGUGUGUGUGUGUGUGUGUGUGUGUGUGUGUGUGUGUGUGUGUGAGAGAGAGAGUAAGGAGAAGUCUGCUGGUCAGUCGUUCUUUCUAAUGUCCUGAUAUUUUUGAGGUAAAUAGUUUUUGCUUUGUCACCAUUCACUGUUGUUAUGGUAUUUAUGUAUGCUUUUUUAUGGCUCAACAUGUUUGUAAUAAAAUGUACAAAAACAUUA